GCCGCCCACCGCUAUUGCCACCGCCAUUGCCAUUGCCACCGCCACCGACACGGCUACCAUUACACAACAGAAAAUUGACUUAUCCUCUUCCAUUUCGCAUUUUACUCUCAUAAUUUCUCCGAAUUUUACCCAGUAAAUGAAAUUAUAGAAUUAGGGUUUUGAGGACUCAACGAGGAAAAGAAAGAAGAGCAACAUGGAUGAUUCCGAGGACUCAGAAUCGAAAUCAGUGAGCGAGACAGUAAACGGAUCACACCAGUUCACGAUCAAGGGUUACUCCUUGGCGAAAGGGAUGGGUCCCGGGAAAUGUAUAGCCAGCGAUAUUUUUACCGUCGGAGGUUACGAUUGGGCGGUUUACUUUUACCCCGACGGUAAGAAUCCGGAGGAUACCGCGAUAUAUGUUUCGGUUUUCAUUGCUCUGGCUAGUGAAGGUACUGAUGUUCGUGCACUUUUUGAGCUCACCCUUGUGGACCAGAGUGGGAAAGGGAAGCAUAAGGUUCACAGUCACUUUGAUCGAGCGUUGGAGAGUGGGCCUUAUGCGUUGAAGUACAGAGGAAGCAUGUGGGGUUACAAGCGUUUUUUCAGAAGAACAACUUUAGAAGCUUCUGACUAUAUAAAGGAUGAUUGCAUAAUCAUGAACUGCACUGUUGGAGUAGUCAGAACUCGCAUCGAGGGUCCCAAACAGUGUUCUAUUCGUGUAUCGCCAUCAGACAUGGGUCAGAACCUUAGGGCUUUGUUAGAAUCUGAGAUUGGUUGUGAUUUAAUUUUUCAGGUUGGUGACGAGACAUUUAAGGCACAUAAGUUGAUCCUUGCUGCUCGGUCACCUGUUUUUAGAGCACAGUUUUUUGGGCUUGUAGGGGAUCAUAACAUGGAUAAAGUAGUUGUGAAAGAUGUUAAGCCUUCUGUCUUCAAGGCAAUGCUCUUGUUUAUUUAUACCGACAAGCUUCCGGAUAUGCUGGAGAUUACAGGCUCCGCGGCUACAUGUGUGCCUAUUAACAUUGUGCAGCAUCUUUUGGCUGCUGCUGAUCUGUACAAUUUAGAUAGGCUCAAAGUGUUGUGUGAGGCAAAAUUGUGUGAAGAACUUAAUGCUGACACAGUGGCAACGACCCUUGCACUUGCCGAGCAGCACCAUUGUGCACAGCUUAAGGCCGUAUGUUUGAAAUUUGCUGCCACUUCAGCAAACUUGGGAGCGGUAAUGCAAUCAGAAGGGUUCCGGCCCUUGGAGGAAUCUUGCCCGUCUCUGUUUUCAGAGCUGUUGAAAGCCUCCGCACUUGUCGAGGAGUGCUCGAGCCUGCCAUCAAGCAAGAAGAGGAGUGGCAGCAGUCUCUAUGGAAUGGAUCUAGCAGCAGAAGCUCCCAUGGAAGAACCAGAGAAUCCCAAUGAAAGGUGUGUUCGGAGGCGAUGAACGCAUUUUCAAAGGAGUGCGUUUUUAACAAAACCCUAACGACGCAUGUAUAUUACAUGUCAAUAUUAGUUUUGCAUUUUUUAUUCUAGAUCCGACUUUGUCCUGUCCUGAAUUCGAAUUAUAUGUCCUGAUACUCAUCAAAUAUGAGUGUUUGAGAUGAAUUUCCAAGAAAAACGAAAAUUUGAAGGGGAAA